ACCGAGUGAUCUAGUACUUAUAUCAGUUUUACUUUGCAAAUGCAGCCAGGUUGCUUGGCUUCAUUAGGGAUUAGCUGUAAUGUUUAAACAGUGUAGAAGAGGGAAGAAACAAGGAAGCUUAUCUAACCAUGAAAUAUAAAAUACAAAAGGAUAAGCACAAUGCGGAAAAUGACUCCGCUUUUCAGACUACCCUUUAUAAAGGUGUUUGCUCUCCUUACAAUGCCUCAGUUGCCCACAACAGAGAAGGCAAUCAUGUCUGACAGAACAUUUGUAGAAGAAAUAGAGAAAGCACUGGAAAAAUCCAAAGGCCUGAAUCUCAGUGAACUUCUGUUUUCCUAUCAGGGGACUCUCUACCCGUCCACUGUAUGCAGCACAGAAAUGUUCCAAGCCCUGGAGAAGUUUGAAAGCAGAAAAGAUGACUUGGUGUUGGUGUCCUAUCCCAAAUGUGGUAUCAAUUGGCUCAUUCUGAUUGUGAAUGAUCUGAUUGCCACAACUUUGAAAACUAAGCAGGAGAAUGCAGAAUUACCAUUCAUUGAGUGUGGAGAUCCGGAUAAGUUUCAGAGGAUGAAACAGUUCCCAUCUCCAAGGAUUGUGGCCUCACAUCUCCAUUACAACAAUCUUCCCAAGUCUGUCUUCAAAAGUAAAGCCAAGGUACUGGUGCUGUUCCGAAAUCCUAAAGAUGUGGCUGCGUCAUUUUUCUAUUUUCACAAUAAUGCUCCAGGCAUUCCAAGUUAUGAUUCCUGGGAGAAGUUUUUUUCGGAAUUUAUGAAUGGGCAAGUUGCCUGGGGAUCUUAUUUUGACCAGGCAGUCACCUGGAACAAGCACAUAGAUGAUGAAAAUGUUCUGAUUUUGACUUAUGAAGAAUUAAAAGAGGACCUGGUUGCUGGAGUAAAGAAAAUAGCUGAAUUCUUUGGGUUUUCAGCUACUGCAGAACAAAUCCAGUCUAUUGCAAGCAGGGCUACCUUCCAAGCAGUGCGGGACAAAUCACAGGAGACGCAUGGUGCAGCUGGUCCACUUCUCUUCCGAAAAGGCGUAGUAGGAGAUUGGAAGAGCCUUUUUGAUGAAACACAGAGCCAGAAAAUGGAUGCUAAAUUUACGGAGUGUUUAGCAGGAACCAAGCUAGGAGCAAAGUUGAAGUAUGAUGUAUACUGCAAAGCUUGAGAGCUUUUUGUUGGUGAAAAGACCCAUUUUCACAAAGCUUUUAUUUACUUUCAUCUUUUCCAGAAAUACGUGAAAUCAGAAUAAAUAUUUCUCUUUGGCAAAUUGCA